AUGGAAGACUUGAAGAAGAGGGAGGAUACGUCCUCGCUGCGAAGGCGACGAACCUUCACGGGCCUGUUCAGGACCCGCAAGGAGACCACCAAGUCGACCACCAGUACCACUACCACUACCACCAACACCGGUGACGCGGUCACGUCUUGCCACCGCGAGAGGAGCGCGUCGAGCGCCGACGCCGAGGCGCCGACGAUGACGACCUUCACGCACGCCGUGCGCCGCGAGCGAAGCAACACCCUCGACUCGUGCUCACCUCGCAGCAGCUCGCACGCGGCGGCCACGGUCAAGGAGCGACGCGUGACGAAGCGGGCCACGGUGUCGUUCGAGAUGUGCAUCCUCGCCGAGGAGCUGGGCCAGCUCGCGGCUGAAGAGGAGGCCGAGGCCAGGUGCCCCGCCACGCCCAAGGGCGCCGGGCACCCGCUCGAAGUCAUCCACAAGCAGGGCGGCAAGGGCACCCUCAAGCGCAGCACGUCGUGGACCAACCUGAAGAAGUUCGGGUCUGUGGAGCCGCUGGUCGCCAUGGCGAGCAUAAGUGGUCCUGCUAGGUAA